ACAACCGGAUGUUAUACCUGUGGUGACAGCUCGCUCUCUGAGAUACCGGAAGCAAUAGUCGGUUUUGGUGACGCUGCAUUAGACUGCAAGACAUGGACCGGUCUAGUCUGUUCGGUGUGCUCCUCCUCAGCCUAGCUCUCUCCGGAGCUCAGGCGCUCACACCGGCGCACUACCUCUCCCUAGCUGAUGUGGCCCGAUUGCAGAACCUCCUGACCCAACAAUUCACCGACCUGGAGUCCGCAUACUACUCUGUUGUUGGCCUGACCAAGCUUGGAGGAACUGUUCCAGAUCCCAAAGAAGUGUGCCAGUUCCUCAAAUCCCAGCUUGAUCCAACCAGCGUUGACUCUCUCUUCUUUGCUGCUGAGACCAGUCAAGCCAUUUCAGGAUGUGAAAUCCCUGUGUCCAAUGAAACCCGUGACAUCCUCCUGGCGGCCGUUAGCGAAGAUUCGACCAUGACUCAGAUUCAUCGGGCCGUGGGUGCACUCAGCUCUCUGGGGCUUCCUCUGGCUUCCCAGGAAGUUGUAGGGGCCUUGACAGCUCGCAUCAACAAGGAGGACAAUGUUAUGGCUAUCACUUUGGCGCUGCAGACAGCAGCUCGCCUGUCCCAGCAGGCAGAACUUGGAGGAAUACUGGAAGAAAUUGAGGAUCUGACAGCUCGUUUGGAUGAUCUCGGUGGCAUCUACCUCCAGUUUGAAGAGGGGCUUGAGGCAACUGCCAUGUUUGUGACCGCUGCUUAUUCCCUGUCAGAUCACGUGGACAUGGAGCCCCCCCUGAAGGAGGACCAGGUCAUCCAGCUGGUGAACUCUAUCUUCAGCAAGAAAUCCUGGGAAUCUCUGGCUGAGGCCUUCAGUGUGGCAUGUGCUGCCGCCGCUCUCUCCAACAACCGCUUCCAUGUGCCUGUCAUCGUCAGUGCUCAGGGCCCAGCCACAGUGUCCCACAGCCAGCCAACCCUGCAGCUCCUUGUUACUGAUGUCAUGUCUCAACCUCUGGCCUCAGCCAACGUGCUGGUAGAAUCUGCAUACGCUGUGGCCUCCAAGAGCAUCAUACUCAGCCAAGCACCUUUCACACUUAAUGAUGGUGUCUUUGAACUGAACUUCAUGUCCAGCCAGCCUGCCAGCGGAUAUUACCAGUUCACCAUUGCAGUGAAAGGGGAUAGCCGGCUGGUAGCCAAUCACGUUGAGCUUAAAGUAAAGGUGUCCACCGAGGUGGCCGUCACAAACAUGGACCUCUCUGUGGUGGAUAAGGACCAGAGCAUCGGCACAAAGACCACCAGGGUGGACUAUCCUUCGAAAGCAAAGAGCUCCUUCAUGGCAGACAGCCACCAAAACUUUGCUAUGUCCUUCCAGCUGGUUGACGUCAACACUGGAGUGGAGCUUAUCCCUCACCAGACUUUUGUCCGGCUGCACAAUCAGAAAACUGGCCAAGAGGUUGUGUUUGUGGCAGAACCCGACAGCAAAAAUCUGUACAAGUUUGAGCUGGACACAGCAGAGCGGAAAUCAGAGUUUGACUCCAUCUCUGGUACCUAUUCCCUCUACCUCAUCGUUGGGGAUGCUACCUUGGAGAACCCCAUCUUGUGGAAUGUGGCUGAUGUUGUUCUGAAGUUUGUGGAUGAGGAGGCCCCAGCUACCAUUCAGCCCAAGACUCUUUACGUACCCAAACCAGAGAUCCAGCACUUAUUCAGGGAACCAGAGAAGAAGCCUCCCACAGUGGUUUCCAACACCUUCACUGCACUCAUCCUGUCUCCCUUCCUGCUUCUGCUCAUCCUGUGGUUUAAGCUCGGAGCCAACAUUUCCAACUUCAGCUUCUCUCCCAGCUGCAUUCUGUUCCAUGUAGGACACGCAGCCAUGCUGGGCCUCAUGUAUGUUUACUGGACCCAUCUGGACAUGUUCCAGACUCUGAAGUACCUGGCGAUUAUCGGUGGUGUAACUUUCCUCGCUGGGAACCGCAUGCUGGCCCAGAAAGCAGUGAAGAGAAUUGAGAAAAAAUAAGGGCAAGAAAAUUAAAAGAAGACAACCGACAAAGCAGAUUUUUUUUAAUUUUUUUUUUUGUUUCCAACGAGUCAUUCAGCGAUGCCUAAAAUCAGACUUUAAACAUGGCGUGGCACUUCAACAAUCCGUUCAAUAGUUUAAACAUGCAGUUUGUGUUUGGAAUGGAAGACAUCGAGAUGUCACAGCGUCUCCGAGGACAAACGCUCACUGACAGAAACUCCUGCUGAGGGACUGUAAAGCUACUGAUCAUUGCACUUCACCUUCCUGUGAGAUUUGUUUUCUUAUUGUGCAACAUGCCAGUGGUUUCAAAGUGAGUUUUUAUUUGUGGUUUUCUUGAUGGAUUGUGGGUUCUUAUGUGUGCGUUACUUUUUUUUUCAUUUUUUUUUUUUUUUUGGUACAUUCCUCUGUCA